CCGUCUCUCCUCUUCUCCCCGUCGGCUCCCCGCUUCAAAUUUGCGUCGCGUCCAUUUCACGCGCCGCUUCCCCCAAAUCGAAACUCAUCCCCCCUCUGCCACCAACGCAUAAAUACAAAUCCCCAAAAGAGAUCUCAAUCCCCAAUCGGACCGAGCGUACCGAAACCCUAACCCUAGCAGCAAUCCAGACAGCGAGAGAGCGAGGAUAUGGCGCGUCCCAAGGGCAAGAAGCGCGCGGCAGAGGACCCCCCGGCGGAGGCGGAGGCGAAGGCGCCGGCCGUGCGGGGCCGGCCGAGGAAGAGUGCCAAGACGGAGCCCAAGCCGCCGGCCGCGCGGGGUCGGCCGAAGAAGAGUGCCGACACGGAGCCCAAGCCGCCCAAGCCCGAGGCGGAGUACUUCCCCGAGCAGCGCAAUCUGGAGGAUCUUUGGUUGUCGGCAUUUCCUAUUGGGACUGAGUGGGAAAAUAUUGAUAAGAUAAAGGAGUUCAACUGGAACUUUGAAAAUUUAGAGAAAGCUCUAGAAGAAGGUGGGAAGCUUUAUGGGAAGACGGUUUACUUAUUUGGAAGCACUGAGCCUCAGCUAUUGGAUGUUAAUGGUGAAUCGAAGAUAGUGCUUAUUCCUAUUGUAGUUGCUGUUGACUGUCCAUUCCCUCCAUCAGAUAAAAUUGGUAUAAAUUCUGUCCAAAGGGAGAAUGAAGAAAUAGUACCUAUGAAGGCAAUGAAGAUGGCCUGGCUACCUUAUGUCCCUCUGGAGGAUCGGCUCAGCAGGAUUGACAGUUUAAAAACAAAAAUAUUCACUCUUGGCUGCACUCAGCGAAGGUCUGCCCUCAAGCAUCUCAAAACUGAGCGAGUCAAGAAGUUUGACUACUGCAUGCCCUAUUAUAUGCCACUCACUCCUCCUGAAGAAGAAGAUGAUACAGUUGUCAAUAUCAUGUAUCCUCUAGAACCCCCGAUAGUAUGUGACUUUGACUGGGAAAUGGAUGAUAUGACGGAUUUUAUUGAUGAGAAAGUUAAAGAUGAGGUUUUACCAGAAGAGGAGAAAGAAAAAUUUAAGGACUUCAUCAAGGAGAGGGUUAGAGAGAGGAAGAGAGAGCUGAAACAGGCUAAAGAUGCCAGAAAGAAAGCUAUUGAUGAUCUGGAUCCUAAGUUGAAAGAGGCAUAUGCAAAUAUCCGAUUUUACAAAUUUUAUCCUGUAAAAACCGAUGACACUCCUGAUGUAAGCAACGUCAAGGCGAAGUACAUCAAUAGAUAUUACCGCCAUGCACAUGAACUGCUGUGAUGUCCAACAUCGCAUUCCGUGUGAGUAAUAUCAUGAACUAAGCUAUCCGACUUGAAGGAAUGGCAUUGAAAAUUUUGUCAGGCAAGGGAGACCUGCUGGUCGCGAUAUUCAGCUGUGCUCUCUUUGUUGUCCCGUCAGAUAACCUGUUGCAUCUGAACUCUGUUGUACUACAGUUUACCCCAGGCUCUCACCAAUCCUUGAAGAGUAUCUGUUCCCUUGGUUAUUCUCUUUGUACUGUGAUUUUGUAACAUUCUGGGAGAUAGUUGUAACCGUCAGAAGUUAGAUCUUGUAAGAGCUGAACAAGUGUUUUAGGAACAAUUUGUUCCCUAAUAUAUUCAUCAAGUAAAGCUUGGGCGUGCAGUCCAUCAUUUGUGGCAACUCA